GCGGAGCUGCUGUCAUGGCGGCCGCUCUGUGGGGCUGCUUCUCCGUCCUGCUGCUGGUGCUGUCGGGCGAUGCGCAAAGCUCGGAGGUGCCGGGGGCUGCCGCCGAGGGCCCCGGAGGGGCCGGGGUCGGCACCGGCGAUCGUUUCAAGAUCGAAGGGCGUGCGGUCGUCCCAGGGGUGAAGCCUCAGGACUGGAUCUCGGCGGCCCGAGUGCUCGUGGACGGGGAGGAGCACGUCGGCUUCCUCAAGACAGAUGGAAGCUUCGUGGUUCAUGAUAUACCUUCUGGAUCUUAUGUAGUAGAAGUUAUUUCUCCAGCUUACAAGUUUGAUCCUGUCCGGGUAGAUAUCACUUCAAAAGGAAAAAUGAGAGCAAGAUACGUGAAUUACAUCAAAACAUCAGAAGUAGUCAGACUGCCCUAUCCUCUCCAGAUGAAAUCUUCAGGUCCACCUUCUUACUUUAUUAAGAGGGAAUCAUGGGGCUGGACAGACUUUCUCAUGAACCCAAUGGUUAUGAUGAUGGUUCUUCCAUUAUUGAUAUUUGUGCUUCUGCCUAAAGUGGUCAACACAAGUGAUCCUGACAUGAGACGGGAGAUGGAGCAGUCCAUGAAUAUGUUGAAUUCCAACCAUGAGUUACCGGAUGUGUCUGAGUUCAUGACAAGACUCUUCUCUUCAAAAUCCUCUGGCAAAUCUAGCAGCAGCAGCAGUAAAGCAGGCAAAAGUGGAGCUGGCAAGAGGAGGUAGUCAGGUGGUCCCCAGCUGUCCUCUGCACAAACAUGGCAGCACUGCUGGGCAGCAUCCAAGUCUUGGUGGAGAAUCGUGUGGAGCAUCUGCUGGAGUCGCCCUGGAAGUUGAUCUCUUUGCAACUGUUGUAUGUUAAUUUUAACAUGUUUUGUACUUGGUACGCAAGAAAACCCAGCUUUCAUCCUAUAUCUGUAUGAGGUCAAUGUUGAUGUCACUGAAUUAAUUACAGUGUCCUAGAGAAAAUGACAUUAAUAAAUUAUAUGAAGUACUAUACAUUAUGUAUAUUAAAAGAAAUCUUAAUCCAGAGAUCAAA